CUUCACCUCAGUCAAACAGACCGCUCACAAGCAUCUUACGCAAAGGUCAUACCCAAAACAGUCCAAACAACUGCAAUGAUUGGAACGAAGCGCAAAGCGUCCGGUCCCGUUGCGGUGCGCUCGAAACGCGCUGGCGCCAGCCCUCCAUCUCCCUCUACUGCCUCGCUGACAGAGGACGAACUCACCAAAUUCACGAAGGCUGAGCUUAUCCAGCAUGCUCUCACUGUGCAGAGGCAGCGUGAUGAUGCUGUGCUUCAGAGGGACAAUGCGCCUGGGCCAAAGGCAUACUCACCGGAGGACUUAGAUGACAUGAUGAAACAGGCAAGAAAAAUGCUAGUAGAGGGCAUUGAAAGGCUUAUGAUGAAGUGGACGCCUUCUUGCAAGACUGGCACAGCUCGCUUCACGUAUGAGUGUCAAGUAUCGAGCCCAUACAUCUACAAAUUGGUGCUCGGUCUUCCAUCUGGUCACAACAAGAAAAAGUUCAAGAUGUCGGUUUCCGAUUUUCACAACACUGUUGGCCGUCCAAAAGGCAAAGUUCGACAUAACGUUCUCGUUAUUACCGGCAGUGAUGUCAGUGUACGAUGGAUGCCAGACGAGAGCAUUUACAAGAUCUCAGGGACAUUUGGAAAGCCUUCGUCAGUUCGUAAAUUCAGCAUCGCAAUGAAGCUGGGUUGACUUCUGCAAGAUACUAGACCUCUUAUUCACCAGGAACUUUUUCCACCUCUCACUGUACAACAUUCGUCUUUCGACACGUUGCGACGGCAACCAUCUUUCACACUUUCGAACCAC